GUUAACAAGAAAGAUGUUCUCCAGGCUUAUCGGGGGCUCCCUACAAAUGCCAAACAAGAACUACUCACUAUCAUCGAUGCACAACUCGUCUCUCGAGUGAAUGAAAUACAUAAGGAAGCGAAGAGAGAGGACAUUCUUUGCACGCGUCAGCAGCCUAAGUCUAAACGCCUCGUUGGCCUGUCAGCGUUCUACCUCUUCAACAGUACCAAACUGAUGCAAGGGAUUCUCGAUCCUUUGGGAGCUCAAGCCCUUGCCCAUGAUCGCAGCAUCAAACCAGACGUGCUUCAGCCUAAGUAUCACACAGUACUCAAUGAGACGCUGCUCCCGUUCAUUCAAGAUCGAUGUGAAGAUUUUCUUGCCAAUGCUAAGAGGAUGCGCUCGAGGAUUGUACGGCGAACUGAGGUAGCGUUUGCUGGUCUACAGCAGACUUGA